GUUGACAUUCAACAUGGCGGCAUGUCGUCAGUGCUGUGCUGUGUCGUGUUUGUGUAUUUGUUAGAUUAGAAAACUUCAAACAACGAUCAAGGAUUAAAAAAGUAAGUCAAACACAAUCCGCACCCAGCACGCAUUGAAGACAUCUGAGGAUUUUGCCAACUUUAUUUCUCACUUAGGAUCUCCAUUAACAUAAGUGACUCAGACUUCUCACUAGCAAUCAAUGUUUGCCAUAGGCAUUAUUGGAAUUAUUACAAUACUGAAUUAAUGAUUGCUGAACUGAAACUAAGGAAACCUCAAUUGUGUUUUUUUACGUUUUGUACAUUUCCGCAUUAUAAAAGGCCUACAGUAGGCUACACGUUGUAUUAUAUCUACCGCAUUCAUAGAUGUUACUUCACUCAAAGAAACGUUCUGUGAUAUGUCAUUCUUAAGCCGAAGUUUAUAAAUACAUAGAUAAUCAAACAAAGGUAACUCAUCAAAGACUAUGUCCAAUAAUCCUCAGUGGAAAUCGUUCCAGCCGCCAAGCAUGAACUCGGACACUGCAAUACUUGACUUCAAAUCUCUGACGAUUCCCAACAAUUCCACCACAUCAGAUUUUCACAGCUCUCCAAAUGGAUCAGCUUUCAGUAACAGUAAUAAUCAUUAUCAAGGUGCAUCGUCAACUCCAAAGGACUCUUCUAAUAAUGUAUACACUAGUAAGGCAACUUCCAGUAACCAUUACGCAUCAAAUUACAAUUCGUAUUCCACCUCAAAUAAUGCAAGAGGAGGUGGGAGGUUUCCAAUUGGCACAUUCACAGGAACUGAAGGCAGCAACAACAUGUAUAAUGGUGACACCAUAGCAUCUCCUUCAGUAAAUACUACUGGUUCGUCUAGCAACUCCAGCUCCAGCUACAACGAUUCUGCUCUUGGUAAUCAAGGCACACGUGAAACUGGCAUAAUUGAAAAGUUAUUGCACUCUUAUGGAUUCAUUCAGUGCUGUGAGCGUCAGGCACGUCUCUUCUUCCACUUCAGUCAAUUCAAUGGGAAUAUAGAACAUCUCAAGAUUGGGGAUCCAGUUGAAUUUGAGAUGACAUAUGACCGGAGGACUGGAAAACCAAUAGCAAGUGCUGUAACAAAAAUAGCACCAGAAGUUGUAUUGAGUGAAGAACGAGUAACAGGUACUGUAACAACAGAAUUGCGCAGUGAAGGCUCUGGUGGUGACACACAAGGACGGAUCAGUUAUGAGAAUCGUGGAGAGUGCUUCUUCCUGCCUUACAACAAAGAUGAUGUGGAGGGAAAUGUUACCUUGUGCUCAGGAGACAAAGUCAGCUUCCAGAUAGCCACCAAUCAGCGCAGUGGUAACCUGGGGGCCUGCCAUAUUCGGCUGGAGAACCCUGCACAUCCAGUAAAAUACCAAGGUGUGGUCUGCUCCAUGAAGGAGAGCUUUGGUUUCAUCGAACGAGCUGAUGUAGUUAAGGAGAUCUUUUUCCACUUCUCAGAGGCAAAAAUGAAAGAGGAGCUGCGACUUAAUGAUGAUGUGGAAUUCACCAUCCAGACCAGAAAUGGCAAGGAAGUAGCAUGCAGUAUCACAAAGCUGGAACCAGGUAGUGUGGUCUUUGAAGAUAUAUGUACAGACAUUGUGAAGGGACAAGUUUUGAAACCACUGGAGCGUGGGCAGCAACCACGACAUCAGAAUGACCCCUUACCAGGACGUAUCCGAUACCGUGCACGUGAUCAUUCAGAAGUUGAAGUGCCAUUUGGCGACAAGGAUCAGAAAAGAGACUUCACCUUAAAGCAUGGAGACUGGGUACAGUUUCAAGUGGCAACAGAUCGACGAGACCAGUUACGUCGAGCCACCAACAUUGCCUUGCUUGACGAAUCAUUCUUGGUGUCUGGAGAACGCCGGGAGCAGGGAGUUGUGGCAGCACUUAAAGAGGGAUUUGGCUUUCUGCGCUGCACAGAUAGAGAUACACGCCUCUUCUUCCACUUCAAUGAAGUUUUGGAUGUUGAACGUGAAAUCUGUGUUGGUGAUGAAGUAGAAUUCACUGUUGUCCAGGAUCAGUCAUCAUUUUCUUGUAGUCGACAAAGUGCAAUCCGAAUUAAACACCUACCACCAGGAACAGUUCAAUUUGAGACUAUUACUGAAAAAAAUGUGACCGGUGUGAUAGGAAAAGAAGCACCCUCUCCUCCUGGUGGUUGGGGAUCCCGCAGUCCCACAAAGACUAGCAGCCAGUCUGUGGGAAAUGGUGAAAAAUCUUCUACAGAAUCAGGAAUUAUCAAUUAUCAAGUCAAUGGCACAAAGAAGACAAUUUUCUUCUACUCCAAAGAUUGUGAUCCAAAGAAUUUUCCUAGAAUUGGUGAUAAGGUGGAAUUCAACAUCUGCCAAGUGAAACGGAGCAGGGAACUGCUUGCAGUUGAUGUGCAGGUCAUGAGCAAGAAUCAGAACCAGGGAAAGAAUGGAUUGGGGCGGUCAAAUAGCCUGCCUCUUUGUCAAGGUUUCAUUGCUGCACUGAAGGAUGGUUUUGGCUUUAUUGAGACUAUUGCUCAUGACAGGGAAGUCUUCUUCCAUUUCAGCAACUUUGAGGGAGAGGCAAGCAGUUUAGAACUCGGCGUUGAGGUAGAAUACAAUCUGGGCACACGUGGUUCUUCUGGUAGCUGCUUAUCAGCGGAGAAUGUUCGUGUUCUGCCAAAGGGAUCUAUUGAGCUGCCUCUUCCAUCUGGAGAAAUCUUGGAAGGGACUGUAGUAAGACCCUUACGCAGUGUGAACCCUGACCAGACACAGUAUGCAGGUCUUGUUCAAGUUAACACAGCAGAAGCAGAAGAGGAAGGAGCAGAGUAUGAAUUUGGUAUAACUGGGCUAGCAAACAAACGGGAACUGUUACAGGCUGGUGACCCAGUCACUUUCCAAGUGGACUCUGACAACAGAGCCACCAAUAUUAUUGCUGUUCGCAAGAAGAGAAGAGCUACUGUUGAUGCAGUGAAAGGUUUAUUUGGGUUUCUGACACAUGAAGUAGACGAAGGGAAGAAACUAUUCUUUCAUAUGUCUGAAGUGAAGGACAGUGUGAGCCUUCAACCAGGUGACCAGGUGGAGUUUGUCCUCGUGACCAACCAGCGUACUGGCAAGUCCUCUGCUUGUAAUGUCACCAAAGUCUGUGAUGCUCUGCGGCAAGAACGUCCUGAGAGACUGAUAAGGCGGUUACGAACAAUCUCCCUGGAAGAAACAGGACCAAAACUAACAGUGGUCCGUCAGCCAAAAGGCCCUGAUGGGACCAAAGGUUUUGAUGCAGACAUACGUCAGCCACAUGCCCCAGGUUUUGUAGUUGAAUAAUGUGCUGCUCACUAACUGCCUCUGUUCCCUGCUCUCAUUGAAUCUGUGCUCUUUGUAGAAUGUUUAUUUAGCAGAUACAUAAUUAUCAUGUUCUUUGAUUGGAGCAGGAUGUCCAGUUUCCUCAGACUUAAUACUCUUUAUUUCUUGCUUUAUGAAUUUGACUUGAGUACCUUUAAGCCCAGUCCUUGAAAUAAUACUACAUGGACAGGGUUGUCUUGAAUGUUGUGAACUGAACUGUUAUGCAGUUGUAGUUCUUGAAAGACUGACCUAUUGCCUUGCAGUGCACAAUGCUGGUACAUCCUGUAUUGCUAACAUAAUUAUAUCAGUGGUUUCAUUUCUCUUCUGGUAAAUGCAUUGGCUUAAACACAAUAUUAGUUCAUCAGGAGUCUGUAAGUCUUGUAAAUGAAAUGGAGACAAGACUACUAUAAAAAUGUUAAGAAGAAACAGUGUGAAGUAUUGCUGUAGCAUAUUGCAGCUUCUAUGUUAACAUGAUUACUCUUAUACUACUAUAAUGAAUGAAAAAAAAAUCUAAGAGAAAUACAUAUUAACCUUUAAUAAUACAGAAGGCAUUGAAAACAUGGAAGUACUGUACUUGGUGUAUAAUGGCAUCAUACUAAAUAUAAUUUACAAGAUUGUAUACUGUCAGAUGUAUAUAGGGAGGGGAAAUCACAUCUAGAAUAGGCUCUGCAGCUCAGUAAGUUGUGUUCAGACCUGCAGCUUGGUACAGAGCAGAAAAAUUUGGUUGUAUGGUAUUCAUCUUGCUUCCGUGUAGCCCACAGCCUCUGUCAAGGCACUCAACUGAAGUGCACAAGUGUAUUUCUGCAUUUCUGUGCAUCAACUCAUGGAAAGUCUGAAGCAGGUCUCUUGGUUCUUCAAGAAGGUAGGAAGGCUUGCUCAUUCUGAAACAACCAAUGAUUACUGUCAGUACCCACAACAACCAAUAUCAAAUAAUGAAACAGAAUGGUUUUUAAAUAAGAACUAUCGUAGAGUGAAGCAUUUCCUGCCUAUAUCUCAAUGAAUGUAUUUUUACCAAAUAAACUAAGAUGUGUCAUGUACUAGAUAUAUAUAUCAUAUAUAAUGGUUUUGGUUUCUUGUUAAUGUUGACAACUACAAUAUUGAUAAUCGCCGACAUUUGUGCAUUGACUUCAUUUUUUGUUUGUUUUUGUUUUGUGUGUGUGUGGGUUACUAUUAUUAUUAUUAUUAUUAUUCUUCAAGGUCCAAUGCACAUGGUAUUGGAUGUAUGGUUAACACCUUACGUGGCAGACCUUGUGUAGACAGAGACAAAGUAUGUUGUGAACACUGCAUGGUCAAAUCUGAAUACAUCAUGUACGUAGAUAGUAGAAUUAUAUACCACUUUACAGCUACCUGAACAGUGAAUUGAAAAUACUGACAGGACAAAUAUCUCAACUUUCUUACCCUCAAUUACUGAGAUAACAUACAUCAAUAAGUUUUUCUAAGGAGAUAAUAUUAAUGAAUGUAUGCUUCAAAUAUUAUGUGAAAUAUCUCCAUUUUCCUGUUAACAUUGAAUACCGUAUCUUGUCCCUUCUGUGAUAGUAAUUUUGGGGAGUUGGCUUGGAUGAUGGUUCAGUGCAGCAUAGCAUGUAAAGGAUAACAGUUGAGCAAGAUUAAAUGAUGUCAUGGUAACAAUGGUGAACAGGGACAGAUGCUGACAAGCAGUUACAAACAUUCUGUCAUGUUAGUGUAAUCAUAAAAUCUCACUGCCCCACAAGUCAUAAAGCAUAAUAUGAAUAAAUAGUCAUGAUAAAAAUAAAGUAGGUUAAUGUUUUUUAAUUUAGUCAUUGUAUGCAACAGAAUUUUGUGUGAUGAUUGACUGGUCUAUUGGCACCAGUAUGCUUGAGUGUGUGUUGUGUGUGUGUCUGGUGGUAUGAGGGAUCCUUAAUGCUGGUAUAUUGUAUAUUUGUAUUGAAUUCAGCUUAUGAUACUUACAGUUGUCUAAAACAUUGACUUGGAGUUGAGAAAAUCCUAAACAUGAAAUCAAAUCUCCAGUGAGAGACAUAACUCAUUUAGACUGAUGCAAUAAGAAUGUAAAUGAGAGAGGAUGGAUACCGAGAUGUGGAGAUUUAGCUACAAGCUAACAUCACGUUGAUUUUCUUGUGGUAAAUUUAAAUAAUUUUAAUUUACAUGGUUGCUGUGGGUACUGCUUUGCAGGUUUUUUUUCUCCUUUUUGUUGAUCAUAUGCUGUCAUUUUUCUUCUCAUUGUAUUUAAUUUCAAUUACAGGAAAAUGUAAAAAAAAAAUAUAUAUAUAUACAUGAAUGACUUGGACAAGAAAAUUA